GCCGCUCGCGUCGCCCUUAUCCGCGCCGCCGGCUGCCUCUCGGCCCUCGGCGCCGCUCCGGGUCGCGGCCCCUCAUCCCCGCCAGCACCGCCUCAUCGGGCUCCGGUCUGCCUUUCCCGGGGUCUCGCUGGCCCCUUCCCGCUGUCGCCGCCGCCAAGUGCUCUGGAGGAGCGGGUCCCCCGUAGGUCACCAUGCCCAGCAAAACCAAGUACAACCUUGUGGACGAUGGGCACGACCUGCGGAUCCCGCUGCACAACGAGGACGCCUUCCAGCACGGCAUCUGCUUUGAGGCCAAGUACGUAGGAAGCCUGGAUGUGCCAAGGCCCAACAGCAGGGUGGAGAUCGUGGCCGCCAUGCGCCGGAUACGGUAUGAGUUUAAAGCCAAGAACAUCAAGAAGAAGAAAGUGAGCAUUAUGGUUUCAGUAGAUGGUGUCAAAGUGAUUCUGAAGAAGAAGAAAAAGCUUCUUUUAUUGCAGAAAAAGGAGUGGACGUGGGAUGAGAGCAAGAUGCUGGUGAUGCAGGAUCCCAUCUACAGGAUCUUCUAUGUCUCUCAUGAUUCCCAAGACUUGAAGAUCUUCAGCUACAUCGCUCGAGAUGGUGCCAGCAAUAUCUUCAGGUGUAACGUCUUCAAAUCCAAGAAGAAGAGCCAAGCCAUGCGGAUCGUCCGGACCGUGGGCCAGGCCUUUGAAGUCUGUCACAAGCUGAGCCUGCAGCACACACAGCAGAACGCAGACGGCCAGGAAGAUGGGGAGAGCGAGAGGAACAGCAGCAGCUCAGGGGACCCAGGCCGCCAGCUCACUGGAGCUGAGAGGACCUCCACAGCCACCGCGGAGGAGACCGACAUAGAUGCCGUGGAGGUCCCACUCCCAGGGAGCGAUAUCCUGGAAUUCAGCCGAGGUGUGACCGACCUAGAUGCUGUAGGACAGGAAGGCGGCUCCCACGCAGACUCCAAGGCUUCCCCCCAGCCCCAGGAGCCCGCCCUGACCGCCUCACCCCGGAUGCUGCUCCCCUCGACCUCCUCGAAGCCCCCGGGCCUGGGCACAGGGACGCCGCUAUCCACCCACCACCAGAUGCAGCUUCUCCAGCAGCUCCUCCAGCAGCAACAGCAGCAGACGCAAGUGGCUGUGGCCCAGGUUCACCUGCUGAAGGACCAGUUGGCUGCUGAGGCGGCGGCACGGCUGGAGGCCCAGGCCCGCGUGCACCAGCUCCUGCUGCAGAACAAGGACAUGCUCCAACACAUCUCCCUGCUGGUGAAGCAGGUGCAGGAACUGGAGCUGAAGCUGUCAGGACAGAACGCCAUGGGCUCCCAGGACAGCUUGCUGGAGAUCACCUUCCGCUCCGGGGCCCUGCCUGUGCUCUGCGACCCCACGACCCCUAAGCCCGAGGACCUGCACUCGCCGCCUCCUGGCGCGGGCCUGACCGACUUGGCGCCGCCGACGGGCAGCCCCCUAGUGGACCACAGCAUGUUUGAGAACUUGAACACAGCCCUCACUCCAAAGCUCCAGUCUAGCCGUUCCUUCCCCCACUUGUCCAGGCCUGCAGCCCCCAGCUCUGCCGCCCUGGGCUCUGCGGAGGCUGGCGCGCCGGGACUCUGGGUAGGCAGCAGCCAGCACCUCAAGAACCUGGGCAAAGCCGUGGGGGCCAAAGUCAAUGACUUCCUGCGGAGAAAGGAGCUCUCGAGCCUCAGCAGCGUGGGCGUGACAGAGAUCAACAAGACGGCCGAGGCCCAGCUGGCCGAUGGGGCCGAUGCGGCACCUGGGGCCUGGCUGGAGGAUGAAAGGUCAGUCCUGCAGGAAGCAUUCCCUCGGCUGGACCCUCCACCUCCCAUAACCAGGAAGCGAACCCCGCGGGCCCUGAAGACCACCCAGGACAUGCUGAUUUCCUCGCAGCCUGUCCUAAGCAGUCUGGAGUAUGGGACAGAGCUGCCACCCGGGCAGCCCCAGGACUCCCCUCCCACGGCCCCGCCUACCCCAGCAGAGACGUCACAGCCAGAGGUGGCCACCCCGGAAAUGGGAGAGGAAAGCGAGACUCUGCCCAACGGAGAGGUGCCCCUGUCCUCGGUCCCCGACCUUAUCCACAAGGACAGCCAGGACGAAGCCACGCGAAAGACGACUGAGCACAGAAGGGCCUCCUCCCCUGGCCUCAAGCUCAGCUUGAGCCCCAUCAGCCUGAGCGAGUCCUGGGGGAGCGGCGGUCCCCCUCCAGGGACACGGACCUCCAGCCAGGACAAUGAGGGCCCUCACCCGGAUCUGCUGUCCUUUGAGUAGAGUGUCCCUCACAGAGCACCACCCACUUCUCCACUGCGCACACAGGCCCUGCGCUCCGCGGUGUCUGUGUCUUGCGCGCACAUGCGCAGCACGGUGCGGCCGGUUCUCCCACGUGGGUCACUGCACACUAGGAAAUCUUUGAGUAGUACCAACUAGAGUCUGCAGAGGCACAGGGCCUCGGGUGCCACCCCCAUCCCGAAUUUCUUCCCGUAAGCCCCUCUGGGAGUCUACUGUAGCCCUUGGAUACCAGAGCUCCAACAGGGCUGAGCGCGCCCCGGCUUCCCGCUGAACCCUAGGGCCGGCAGCAUGGCCCUUGCAGGAAAUCUCUUCCUGUCCCUUGUACGCUGCCCACUCCCUUGCUCUUCUCCCUCCAUGCCCUGCUUCUCUGUCCUCCUUGAUGGCCCAGGGCCCCCCUGCCCCACAAGGAGCAAGGUUGGGUGAGCGAUGAUGGGGCUGGCUUGCUGAUGGGCCCCAGCCUGGAAAGCCACACACCCUGACCACUGCCCAGCCAUGGCUCCUUGGAGUCCCAAGGCAGCACGUGUCCCUGGGACCCUCUUUGCCUUUGCCCCUGGGUUGGAGGUUCUGGGGAGAUGCUGACCAGGCCUGAGACACUGAGGGCUCACCCGAGACUUGAACCCGGGAUUCUCAAGAUGUUCGCGGUAGAGUCAAAGGCAGAACCCACAAUGAAGUCGCUGCUUGUCUGGAAGAGGCACUCAGGGAAUCAGGGUGUCUGGGGCGCCUGCGCAGAAGGGAAGGCAAGGCUCCCUGGCCGGGUGCGCGGGGCAGGUGCAGCGGAAGCGUCAGUACGUGAGUGCGCAGGUUGUGUUGGAGGGAAGGGCCCGGGAGCCUGCAGAGGUCCCUAAGGAGGGAACACAGAGUCCAGGUAGAACAGGCAGUGAGGACGGGACCAAGAAGAGCAGUCACUGGGGCUCAGAGCAGCUCUCCAGCGAGUGAGGCGAUUCUAGGGGCAGGCUCAGCAAGCACGAGGGCCAGAGCAUGUGAGGGGCUGGAACGAGGUCAGUGUUGGGGAGCAGCCACUUCGAACUGAUGACGUGGGAGGCGUGUAUGCGCUUGCGCAGAAGUUGCCCGAGGCCUCCGCGUCUGGCCUGCCUUUCCCUUCUGCGCUUCCCCUGGAGCAUCUGUGGCCGGGACUGACAAAGUGGGUCCAACCUGGACUAGCUUUAGGCGAACUUGCUCUUGUGUCCUAUCUUGCUGUCUUCCUGUGGCCAGCGAGGGGGUGCAUUCAACCCGGAGGGGCUUCGCGGGGAGAAGGGACAGCCAUUACCCUGAAGAAGGAGGCCAGCCAGGGUGGAGGAAGGAGGGAGGCUGGGAGGGGCUCAUGCGGCCAGGGCUGGCUGGGCAGAGGCGUCUGCUCUUCUAUCCACUAUCUGGCUGUCUGCUCCUGGGCUCUGGGACGAGUCCAUCCCCUCCCCGCCACCUCUGCAGGUGAGAUUCCCACCUACUGCUGCAGAGCCGGGAGCCUCAGAGGAGUGGCUGGCAUUGGGCCCCCUCCUGCGCUGUUGGUUCUGUGGCUAUGCAGCCCUGCUACAGCCCUCCUGCCCCCCUCCUCCUCCCCCCACCCUGCCUUCCGUUGCCGGGAAAGCCGAGCUCUUGCACACGCUGUCUGUGGACUUACAUUUCUCCUCUCUCCCUGGUGAAGGCGAGUGCGGCCCGGCUCCUGCAGGCCUGGCAGGGAGAGCCCAGGGCUGUAGCUGCUCGUGUAGACCCUGCCUUCCUCCAGAAACAUCGCAGGGAUGCAAUGUCUGCCCCCGGUGUCAGAGAGGAGUUCCCAGGGCUCUUAUGUAGGGUGCUGUGACUUUUCCCAGGAUGGGACCUCACACAAAACACCCUGGGCAUGGCGUUGAGUGGAAACUCCAAACAGGCGCUCUGGGAGCUUUGCUUCUCCAGUGCCGGGGGUGCUGCUGCUACUGUGGGAGGCCCCCAGAUGUGAAAUCUGGUCUCAGAUGCUGCAGGUACUGCCUGGGGCUAGAGGGGACAGGUGCUGCUCACAGCCCAGCAGGAAAAAUCCCGCAGGGCUGGGCUCAGACCAACUCUUCCAUCCAAAGCCCUCCCGGUUUGCAAGUCCACCCAAGGGCUCGGCAGCCAUGUUCCCACACCCCCUCAAAGCAGAUCCAGCUUCUCUGGGAGCUCUCCCCUCAAGCAGCCAGCCCCCAGGAGGGCAGGGUGGUGAGGCGGCACCAAGGACCUUUCUUCUAGGAAGUUGGGCCCCCCAAGUCUUGUCUCCCCGAAGUCCAUGGUAGCUCCCUACUCAGCACAUAUCUUUACCCUGAUAGACCAAGGCGUGAGCUUCCAGAACCUGGCAGGAGAAUGGGGACCCUGCACAGGGGGAGAGAGUGACUGUCAGCACGUGGGCGAGAGGAAGACACAGGGCUGGCAGCCACCACCUGUGAAAAGGAGAAAGCUGGCCCCAGUCCGGGGAAGGAGGAAGAUUAUAGAUCUGAGGAUUUUCUAGAGAAUUAAUAUUUAUAUUUCUAGUAAUUUUCUGGUAGAUGGGAAUUGCACAAUAAAACGAUUUGGUUUGGUUUGCUGGCUCUGUCUACCUGCCUCCUGGCUGACCACCCAGAGCAGUGGCUUCCUCGGGGUUGCCUUGUAGGGAGCAGGGCAUUUGGCUGUGUGUGAGCCAGAGAGAGGGAGAUGGGGAGGUGGGCGCUGCCAUCAAAGCUCCCAUCCAAUGCCCUGGAGGGACAGACAGUUUCUCAGGAGAUGGUUCCACUGGCCACCAUUCAGAGUGUCCCUCUGCCCACCAGACCUGUCACUGUUGCAGGGCUCCACAUGGUGUGUGCAGGUAAGACCCCACCACCAUUCAGGUGGAAGGGCCAGUGGCCAGGCCUGAGAGUCGCGAGCUGGGUUACACAGUCCUCUCCCACCAAUGAAGGGAUGGAGAGGGGGGUGUGUGUGGAUACCCUCU